CUGGGACAUACACAAAUGAGGGAACAGGAAAGAGGAUACAGGUAUAGUUCUUCCUAGGCUUGACCCAAACAGUGACGUGAAUCAGCUUCUUCUCAGACCUGAACACUACAAUCUGCUUGUAUCAUCAAAAAACAUCAGCAGGCUUCCUGUUCAGGAGACCAGAAGUCGCUUGCAACCAUGAUGAAGUCUAGAAGGGUGCAGGUGCUCCUGAUUCUGGCAGUUCUGACCUUCCUUCUUAUCCACUGCCACUUCCAACCCUGCAGCAACAAUGCUGCUACAGAAAGAAAACCUUCUUCAGUCCACAUCCUCAUUCUCUCCUCCUGGCGGUCAGGGUCUUCCUUCACUGGACAAAUUUUCAGCCAGCACCCCAGUGUCUUCUACCUGAUGGAGCCUGCAUGGCACGUAUGGGUUAAGAUGUACCAGAACAGUGCCAAGGUCUUGCACAUGGCAGUGCGGGACCUUGUCAGGUCGGUCUUUCUGUGUGACAUGUCUGUGUUUGAUGCUUACAUGUCUAGCCAGAAAAAAAAGUCUGAUUUAUUUCAGUGGGAGACAAGCCGAGCCUUGUGCUCCCCCCCGGCCUGUGACUUAUUCAGUCGCAGUGAUAUAAUUGCUGCAGGCAAUUGCAGAACAAUCUGUGCCAAGUCCCCAUUCAGCACGGUGGAGGAAGCCUGUAAAACCUACAGCCAUGUUGCCAUCAAAGAGGUUCGGUUCUUUGACCUGAAAGUUCUCUACCCCCUUCUCACUGAUCCAUCCCUGAACCUCAAGAUCAUUCACUUGGUCCGUGACCCUCGGGCUGUAUUCAGGUCACGAGAGAAUACAGUGGCAGACCUAAAACGUGAUAGUAACAUCGUUGUGGGGGCUGAGAGGUCAAAGGGAGAAAUGGGACCUUACAACACCAUGCAAGUAAUCUGCAAGAGCCACGUUGAGAUUUACAAGGCUGGCAGCCAGGCUGUCCCCAGCUUCCUGAAGGACCGCUACCUGCUGGUUCGCUAUGAAGACAUCGUCAGAGACCCACUAGCGUUGUCUGCUCAGAUGUACAGGUUUGCAGAACUCCAUUUUACACCAGAACUUCAGAAGUGGGUGCACAACAUCACCCAUGGGAAGGGGCAAGGAGCACAGGCCUUUGAUAUUAGCUCCAGAGAUGCACUGAAUGUAUCUCAGGCCUGGAGGAAGGCUCUUUCCUUCCAGAAAAUAGAAAAAGUGCAAAGGGUGUGCAAGGAUGCAAUGGACCUGUUGGGCUACCAGCUCAUUCAGUCUGAAGAAGAGCAAAAAAAUAUGUCACUGGAUCUUUUGUUUGAUCAUAACUCCUCUAAGUAACAAAUUUUGAAGGCAGACAAGCUGCCCUCUGCACCUACUCUCUCAAGGCUGCAGGGUAGAGAACUGUUAAGUGUUUGCCAAAGCGAAAAAGGACAGAGCUAUGUGCAUGUGUGUUAAGAGUGCACACAUGGAUGUGCUAUGCAAGGAUAAGUAACAGGAUCCCCAGCUGCACCCAUGACAGAUUUCUCAGCAGCACAGGCUGCUCUCCAAAGUCCUGGAGGCUCAGCCACAAUCACAGAAUCAUAGAAUCAGCAAUGCUGGAAAAGUCCUUUAUGUUCAUCCAGUCCAACUGUUGCCCAGCACUGCCAAUGCCACC